AUGCACACACCCGCGAGGAGCGGGACAGCGGGCCCUUCUCUCCCUCCCUCUGCUCCUCGCCCGGCAUCGCUCGUCGACAUCCGCUCGAGGCACUCGAUGCAGUGCUCGACAGCAGUCACGAUAUCUGCUUUCGCGACCCUGCUCGCCGACCUCAACUCGUCGUGGGAGGAGGACGGCAGGACGGGCAAGGAGUCGUCGAGGCAGGACAGGGUCGACUUGUUCCGCGAGGAGUGGCUCAUGGGGAUGCUUUCGCGCUUCAAGCCGUUGGAACUCUUGCUUGACGGAGAGGAGGAGACGUACUCGGACGGGACGAGGAGGAGUAGCGCCGCCGCGUCGACUUCGACCCUUCCGUCGAUCCUCACCGCAACGACGCACGAUUCGCCCAAUGCAGACGCCGAGUCGCCAGAUCCUUUGUCAGACGAAGCGCGACAGCGCUUCGUCCCUCUCGACGCCAUCUCUCGCGGUGUCCUCGCCGAACAGACGAUCAAGCGCUCGCUCAAACAGCGCGGCCAGCUCCUCCGCCACAAAGACUUCGCAUCCCUGCCCGCUGUUGCCCGCAAAGCUAUGCAACAGACGCGCAAGACCGGCAAGCCCGUCUACGUCUCGCCUGGACUGCUCGAUAGCGUCGAGUGGACGGAGGAGUACGUCCAGCGGAAAUGGGCGGCGCCUGGGAUCCGCUUCGGCGUCUUUAGGCCGGACCUGAUACGCUUUGAGGAGGUCAAGCGCAAGGGAGAGGAGGGAGAACGUCUCGUCUUGUGGGAGGUCGUCGAGGUCAAGUACUCGGGCAAGAGUCGAGGGUUUAUCUACACCAACUUCAAGGUGCAAGCCGGCUUUUACCACCUCACCUUAACCCGCCUCCUCUCCGCCGUCCCCUCCCUCAUCCCCUCGCACAAGCUCACCUUCUUCAUCUCCCGCGAUCCCCUCUCUUCCUCGUACGAAGAACAAUCGCUCGCCCUCCGAACUGUCCAGGCAUUCGUCGAACACCACUUGUUCGUUCUGCUGCCCGGCUGGCUGAACGCAGUGAAGGUAGAUGAGUGGGAGAGAUUGCAAAAGGCUUUGAAGGAGCAGCCGCCUUCGACGCCUGCUCGGAGCGGUGCUGUCACGCAGACGUUCAUUGAGAAGCUGCAGGCCAGCGCGAAGUCCGCACCGCCGACACCUGGUCGAGCGCGACGAAAGGCGACGUCUCUCAGCAAAGCGGACACAUUCAGCUCGCUCACAAAGCCCUCGCAACUCAGCCAACCUCUCCCUCCUCCCGACUCUCCCAACUCUCCAUCCACCUCCCCUUCUCGCUCUUCUCUCCUCGCACUGCCCGAAGACUCGCCCACUCCCGCACACUACAACCUCCCAUCGCUACCGCCUCUGCCGCCCGUUGACGAGCAAGAACAGCGCGAGCUGGAGGAGCUCUUUGAGCGCAUCGUGCUGGGCGAGUCCUAG